CAGUGUUUUAUUAGUCGAUUUAAAGAUAUCUUGUUAUAUAUUAAAAUUAUGGUUAAUGAAAAUAUUGACGAACAAAUUUUAACACUUUAUAAUGAACGAAAAUGGAUAGAUAUCAUUAAUUUAAAUUGUAGUUUAAUUAAGUUAGAUAAAAGCAGAUUAUUUUGGGUUCUACCAACUAUUAAUGAUUUACAAUGGAUAAAAGAAGUAAUUGAUCAAAAUAAUAUGAUUGGAUUAAUUAGCAUAGGAUGCGGUUGUGGUUUAUUAGAAUGGUUGUUUGAGCAAUAUUCUGGUUUAAAUGUGAUCGGUAUAGAAUUAGAUCGCUCAUGGUGGUGUAGUAAAUAUUCACCACCUUUAUUUUUAAAAAAUAUUGUUUUCAUUCGUGAAGAUAAUUUUCUUUUGCCGGAUAAAUAUGCUCUUUUAUUCUGUUAUUUUAAUGACGCAUUCGCUUUUCAUAAUUAUAUGAAAGAUUAUAAAGGCAAUCUUAUCUUCGUUAUUGGACCAAAAACAGGAGAAUAUCGAUGGACAAAUCCAAUGCCAUUUGAUAAAGCAUUUAAUAAGUUUGGUUGGAAAUUAAUAGGUAAAAAAAAAAUGGAACGAACAAAUGAUUUUAUUACAGUCUACAAUAAAUGAUUAAAUUUUGUAAAAAUAAAAUUUUGAAAAAACAU